UAUAAAAGUGAGUGUUCUAAGAGCCAGCCAGUGAGCAAACAGCAGCACUAGUAGCUCAGGAUACUGCGUUGGGACAGUGGGAUGGACAAAAAAGUGCAAAACACAUACACUCUGCUGGCACGGGCACUACUGUUGUACCUGUGCUCCGAGGUAUGCUGUCAACAGUGUGUCAGACCGUGCCAGUGUCCCAGCUCUGUGCUAGCCUGCCCUGAAGGUGUCGCUCUCGUCGUGGACGGAUGUGGAUGCUGCCAAGUGUGUGCCCGCCAGAAGGGUGAAGCCUGCACCAACAUACUGGUGUGUGACAAGCAGCAUGGCCUGGAAUGUGACUACAGUGCCAGCUUCCCCGGAGAUCCGGGAGAGUGUGUCAGUCAGGAAGAGCUUAGCUGUGAGCUGAAUGGCGUCUCUUAUCAGGAGGGUGAGGUGUUCCAGCCAUCCUGCAGCACCCAGUGCAAAUGUGUAGGUGGAGGAGUGACCUGUGUUCCCCUGUGCGGUGAAGAUAUCCGCCUGCCCAGCUCAGACUGCCCAUAUCCACAAAAGGUCCAGCUGCCCGGAAAGUGCUGUAAGGAGUGGGUGUGUGAGAACUCGGACAACAGUGUGAUACAGGAUGCUCAAACGGCUUACACUGAUGCCCAAGUGAUGCCUGCACUUCCUGGUUUCCAAGCCAGCCCCAGCUUAAACUGUAUAUAUCAGAGUACAGAGUGGAGUGCCUGCUCAAGUACUUGUGGCCCAGGAAUCUCCACACGAGUGAGCAACCAGAAUGCAGCCUGCAGACUUGAGCAGCAGAUCAGGCUGUGUAAAAUCCGACCAUGCCAAACUUUGCCAUAUCAAACACCAGUGUGGCCAAGGAAAUGCCAACCGAGCUACAGGUCAAAUGUUCCCACACGCCUGCUCCAUCAAGGCUGCUACAGCACACAGUUUUACCGUCUGCGUUACUGUGGCCUCUGCACUGAUGGCCGAUGUUGCACGCCUUAUCGGACCCGCACUGUCACAGUCACCUUUCGCUGUCCAGGGGGCCGCCUGGUCCGCCAAGCUGUCAUGAUGAUCAAGUCCUGUGUUUGUCAUUACAACUGCCCCUACUCAUCUGGUGGAACCUACAGGAGGCUUGCUCCGUGGGGAUAGAGACUCUCAUGCACUGAUUCAUACAAAGCCCAGUUUGAAGCCUAGAAAGAAUAGCACUUUACACAUACCACAGUAUUUUUUUUUUAUUGCCAGGGAUGGAUUAGCAAAUCCUGGCCACUGGGCAGAUGUUAUACAGAAGACAGUCUUACCUUAAGCAACUGGCUUUUUUUCUAGCUUUUCCCUUUAUAAACAUUUUCACUAAAUCCACCAAAGUCCAGCUCUUUAACAAUCUCAGACUCAAUGGCCAGCAGUGACAGCAUAUUGAGUCUUCUUUGGCCAAUUUUAGUUCGGAGCUUGUUUUUAAUCCAACCCAUUAGGCGACAUAAUCAUUCUUUGGCUUCAAUCUUCUCUUCAUCAACACAGUUAGUGUGGGUCUGUGUUUCUUUCCAUCUGCUUUUCUCUCCAGUUAGGACCUAACUGACUGCUCAUUGGGUAUGAAUUCAGACCCACACACCAGUAAUAUUUCAGAGUUUAUUUCUUAUUCUGUGACUUUACAUUCAUCGGCUUGGGUUCUGUUAACAGACUGCUAUGUGACAGUGUAAAGGCUAGUCAGUCUAAUCAUUCAGUUCAUUCGUCCCUUUGGGCAUCUGCAUAAUAGGCCCAGUCACUGAUCCAUCCCUUUAAUUGUCAUUUUGUAUAAAGAGCUUUUGCUAUAACUUACAUUUCUGUUGGCCUUGCUCGAGAAGGUAGUGGACUGGCCUGAUUCUUCACUUAUAGCCUUUUUAAUGUGGUCAGAAUUUAAUAUUCCUAUGGAUUUGAGAAGCCUGUUCAGAUGUUUAACCCAUCUCUCUUAGUUUUAUGUGAUGGCAGCUAUUAGUUUUGAGUGCUUACAGCUUCCCUAUGUAAUUUAAUUGUAAUAGCUUGUACACUUACUGUCACUCUUGAAUGUUUGAAACUGAAGUAGCAGUGUCAGUGUAGACUGACACUUCAAAUGUUUCUGCCAAGCUUUGAUCUAUAACCCUAUUUCAGAUUUUUCACCUAUUCAAUACACCGGAAAACUUUUUCCCCCACACACACUAACUUGUCUUAGGUUACUUGUGUUAACUUGUGUUUGGGGUAAGACACUUUUCUUGUUUAAUGUGGUUUUCUGUACCUUUACAUUCUCUCUAUCAGUUGAGCUUAACAUUACUAGGCCAGUGAAGAUAAAAAUCUCAUUUCAGAGACAUUUUUGACCAGGCAGCCACUGGAAUAAGGGCUUGGGUGAUGUAUUGUAUAAACUCUUUUAAAGAGACACCAA